AUGCUGUUCUCCAGACUGUCACUCGGGGCCUUGCUGCCUCUCUUCAUCGGCACGCUGGCGUCGCCCUUGCCUACUGCUGCAAGAUCAGGUCUGGUCAAAAAGGAGACGUCCCUGAAUGAAUUCCUCAGCAUCCUCCUGGACCACCUCCCUGCCAUCAAUGAAACAAUCUCCCAAGCGUCAGAGGUCAUCACGGAUCUAGAUUCGGUCCUUGCCAAACUGGCCGGCUUCCAGACGACGUAUAACGGCCUGAGCAGUGGUUCCUGCACAGAAUAUACCGUCAUCUUCGCUCGCGGGACCAGCGAGCCUGGCAACGUCGGCGUCCUCGUGGGGCCGCCGCUCUUCCUGGCUCUCCAGGACCGGACGUCCGAUCUCACCAUCCAGGGUGUUAACGACUAUGCCGCCACUGUCGAGGGGUACCUUGAGGGUGGUGACCCCAGCGGAAGCUCAGAAAUGGCAUCGCAGAUCGAGUCGGCGCGCUCGUCCUGUCCGAACACCAAGCUGAUUGUAGGCGGCUACUCUCAGGGCUGUCAGAUUGUGCAUAAUGCCGUGUCCAAGCUGUCAGCCGACACGGCGUCGUGGAUCAGCAAGGUCUUGCUGUUUGGAGAUCCUGACGACGGACAAGCCCUGCCCCACGUCGACUCGUCCAAGGUGCACACCGUCUGCCACGACGGGGACGACAUCUGCCAGAAUGGCCUCUUCAUCUUGCCGCCGCAUCUGACCUAUGCGCUGGACGUCACCAGCGCGGCUGCAGAUGAUACGAAUAUUAGACGUUACUCCAGCAGGAUGCUCAAGAGAAAACGGAGAAAUAAGUCUAAAGGUGCAGUAUCGCGUCUUCGAAACUGUAGAGAGGCAUUUAUUGAUUCCGCACGAAUGGAUGGCGCGGUCAACGCGUCGAAUGUCGAGGACAAACCUCGCCAGAGGCAUUCGUGCUCCACGUAUGCUCGGCGAAAGGUAAAGUGUGAUCGCCAGGAACCUUGCUCCUCCUGCGUCAAGACAAACUCUGAAUGUCUUUAUUCUGCCCAAACCACGUUAUCACGGCGCCGGAAACGACAUGACGCUCAGGAGGACGUAUUCGCCCGCCUCCAGCGGAACUGGUGGGCGGGGCUGAGUGAUGAGAGUAAAUCCUCUCACCAAGAUCGUCCAUGCUCCAACGCUGCAGCAGCGGAUUUUAGAGGCGAUGGACAAUGUACAGGACGUCCCUCAUGGCUUGGAAGCUUUGAUGUUCUCUAUAUACAAUAUCGCGGUGACAUCCAUGACGACUUCGGAAUGCGAGACGGCAUUUGGAGAAGAGAGAUCGACUUUGCUGGCGAGAUAUCGAACUGCGAAGCUAACUUUACUUCCUCUCAGGACUUGACAGUGCACCAAGCAUUUGUUCUUUUACUGCUUUCAAAUCCCGACUCUGAGUCGACUUUUAUCCUAGCCGGGGUGGCAGUGAGGAUAGGGCAGCGACUUGGUCUUGGAAACGACAAUCCUGGAUUAUCCUUUUUCGAACAAGAAAUGCGCAUCCGAUUAUGGUGGCAGAUACUCUUUCUGGAUGCUCGAGCCAGCCAGGGAUGCCCAGGAGUUACAAACCGCUCUGCGGUAGCAACAGAGCUUGCAAACAUCAAGCUACCUUUGAACGUUAACGAUUGUGACCUCUAUCCAGAAAUGUCAGAGCGACCUCCAGAACACGCAAGAGCGACAGAGAUGAUUUAUUGCCUGCUUAAAUACGAAGUCAGCACCAUCUUUCGUCACUCACCACACGCGGCCGCACUCCGGGCUGACCCGCGGAAAAUAACAAACUCGACUGUGCCUAUGUCGACCAAAGACAGGUUGAUCGACGAGCUGGAAUUUCUCUAUAAUCAGAAGUAUUUGCAAUAUUGCGAUCCAAAGGUACCACUGCACCAUCUUGCUAUCACCAUGGCCAAAUUGGGAAUAUGUGAACACUAUAAUCUAAUUCGCAAGACGAAAUUUGCGCAGCACCUGCUGAGUCACAUGACCGCCAGAACGCAGUUGGAUGCGCUCAUCUACAUGCUCAAUGAGCUGCGCCGACGGACGACGGGCGAAUUAGUAACAACCGCAUGGGAACAAGUCGAGAUGGUCUUCGAUUAUCAUCCACGACUCAUUAAGGACACCGAUAACACGUUAUAUGUUGCGAUUGGAGACUUGACACUUAAGGCUUGGGAAGCGAGAGAAGCGGCGCUCUCCAGCGAGGCAGUGGAUCUAAGUCGACAGUCGAUACCAAAUUACAUCUUUGCUUUAUUGUCGAGAAGAAAUUCCAAUGCCGGUGACUCAUUUGUCAAGACGGCCAUCGCGGCCGCAGAUAGCAGACAAUCUACGGACCGCCAGUCACAAUCAGUCCACGACAACGAUGGACAGGCUGCGAACUUUAAUUCCACCAUGGACGAGACUACUUCCAUGUCUCUGGAAGCGCCCUCUGUGGAUUGGACGUUCUGGGAAGAUUUGCUUCAAGGGCACGAACCGGAAGAUUUUGGACAGCCAUUCUUCGGUCAAAAUGGCUGA